GAUAACAGGUUAUGUAUCUCCGUAUUUUAUUUAAAUUUAAUAGUCGCCGGGAGUUUAGUAAUCGGCUAUAGUGGUCAUUUGAAAGCUAGUUAUCAGACCAAUGAAAUGGGACAUCAGAAUUCUCCAACCAGCCAUGAAGAGGAACAGCUGAUGAGUCAUUAAUGACGUCAUGCAGAAAGGUCUCCGUAGUUUGGAUUAAUUGGAGCCACGGGAAAGGUGACUCUCAGGUUUUCAUUCAAUGCGCUAAAACAAUUAUAAGAAAAACUGUUAUACCGCAAUGCUAAAAUAAUGCUUGAAUGCUCACAUAAUAUUGUUAUAUAUAUGUAAAGGCUAUUAGGACGCCUUAAACAUAUGGUUAUGCAGGGUGUAUUAAAAGGGGACGGUUGGCUUAACCUCUUUUAUUAAGAAGCGUAAGCAACACUAUGAUUCAUAACGUUUUUUUAAGAAGUUUCAUGACUGUACCAUUAGGAGAUAUUUAAACGUAAAUUUGAUUGUAAAACAUUCAGUAUAUUACUUUAGAAUGGUGUAUUAUAUUUUAUUAACAUUAAAUUUCGCGAAAACUACCGACGUAAUUCUUCAAAGAGGUUGAUAAAUAUUUCCUAUUAACUUAAGCCAAACUUGAUCUAAAUCCUCUCCACAGGAAAUAAAACUGCUGUAGAAAAGUUCACCCUGUCGAUAAUUCUCCACGUUACAGAUUUCCUCCCCUUUACUUCGUACUUCAGGAUAACUCAGCCUUUCUUCUUGUUAUUGUCAUUAAUGCAUCCUUUACUUCUUCUCAUCUUUAUUCCCCAUUCACCUUUUUUUUUUUUUCCACACGACGUGAUUGAUGCCUGAAGCUUCCCGACGUGUUCCCCGCCAGGCGAGGACGCGCGCACGACCGCCAUGACCUUCUCGGGCGGCAGUGCUCUGACUUUCCUCGAAUCUCUCGACGCCUCCGGCAGAAACGGAGGUCAAGGUGGAGCUGCAGGAGGAAGGGGAGGAAUUGGAAGUGGUGGGGGAGAAGGAGGGGCCGAUAAUGCAGGAAAUGAGUCAAGGGGCGUCGACGGGACAGAAGGCGAGAAGACCCAGAUAAUUUAUCACAUAAGCGGCGAAGACAUGGGAGAGAAUGUACACAGAGAAUCUGACACCGCCGAAGGAGGAUGCUGGGGCGCCCGAUACACUCUGUGCCUCUUGAUGUUUCUGGGCAUCACGCUGAUCUACAUGACGCGGGUGUGCCUCUCCAUUGCCAUCGUUGCCAUGGCCGGCACCAGCGUGACAGAAAACAACUCCUCAGCGAACGUCUGCCCUUACCCCGCCGGCUGGAACGACACCAUGGGCGAGGCUCAGCACGGUGAGUUCGACUGGGACGCGGCGACGCAGGGCCUGAUCCUGGGCUCCUUCUUCUACGGGUACGUGGGCACCAACUUCGCGGGCGGGCGGGCGGCAGAGCUCCUGGGUGGGCGCCUCGUGUUCGGGCUGGGCGUGGUCCUGUCGUCCCUCUUGACGAUCGUGUCGCCGUUCUGCGCCUACGCCUCCAAGGAGCUCUUCAUCGCCAACAGGGUCCUGCAGGGCCUCGCGCAGGGCGUCACCUUCCCUACAAUUCACAUGAUGAUGGCGACUUGGAUACCGCCCCGAGAUCGAGCCAGGAUUGGAACUAUGGUCUUCUCGGGUGUAAUGAUCGGGACGGUGGUGGCCAUGUCGGGCGGAGGCUUGCUUAGCAACUCCGACUUCCUGGGUGGCUGGCCCUCCGUCUUCUACAUCUUCGGCGGCCUCGGGGCACUGUGGGGCGUCCCCUGGUUCCUCCUCGUGCACGACCGGCCGGAGCACCACCCGAGGAUCAGCCAGGCGGAGAUGAACUAUAUCCGGAGACAUCAGACGACUGUCAAGCGCGAAGAGAAAGUCGCCAUACCAUGGAUAGACAUUCUGAAGUCCGUCCCAUUCUGGUCCCUCAUGAUAGCUGCUCUGGGAUACAACUAUGGCUUCUACACUCUGCUCACAGAACUCCCCACUUACCUCAGCAACAUCCAGCACUUAGAUAUGGCGAGUAGCGGAUUCAUGUCUGCUCUGCCUUAUUUGGUCAUGAUGGUUGCGACGAUUCUCUGGGGUCAGCUGAUGCACCUUCUCAUUUCAGCUGAUAAGAUCUCGGUGCUCAUGGUCAGGAAGGUCUCCACAGCUGUUUGCAUGUACGUCCCGAUGGCGGCUCUGGUCGUCCUGUGCUUCGUGAACUGCGACGCGGCGCUUGCCCUGGCGGUGCUGUGCGUGGCGGUGGGCGCGAGCGGCACGAACUACAGCGGCGUGUCCAUCUCCGAGCAGGACAUCGCGCCCAACCUGGCCGGCACCCUCAAGGGCAUCACCAAUACUGUGGGCGCCGCGACGGGCAUCGUGGCGCCGCUGGUCACGGGGGCCAUCACGCAGGGCAAUGUGGGUUUGCGGCAAACGUUGGCUGCCUGGCGUAUCGUGUUCUUGAUUUCAGCAGCUCUGUAUUUGCUCGUCACCACCGUCUACUUGGUUUUCGCUACGGACAAGGUUCAGCCCUGGAAUUUCCCCAAAACGGAAAAGGAUUCCAGAAGGUUUUAGGUCGAGUGAUCUUUUAAAAUCUAAAAACAACGGACCCCUACGCUCCUACACGCAACCCACGCCCACAAAAUACACAUGUAGCCUAAGAGCGUACUCUCUGCGGACGAAGGCAAGACGGAGAGUGGAAAAGUGACUACGCUAUCUAAACCGGAGACUACUGAGAAGUUGGAAUAAUUUUUAAUCCCCAAAGCCCGAAGAAUGAUAGAGUGGACCUCAACGGAGCCACUUUGGUCGAAGAAAGAGACAAAAGACUGAACUACAACCAAGAAAAGACUAAAUAUUGCACCAAGUGAUUACUUACUAUAAGCGAAGACUAUACACGGACUGUUACUAUAGCCAAAAAAGUAUUCAAACGGUGAAUCAAUAUUAAUUCUACGAUGGCCGGGAACUACUCAGCGAUUUAGUUUACUUACUCGUUUUGAAUACAUGUAUCUAUAUCACUGCAUUUUGUACUCCUGUGAUACAUUAAAUAUCUAAUAACAAGG